ACGAUCGGCCACCGAGUAACAAUGUCGUUCAAAGAGAUCAAGGCAGGCGAGAAAGCGAAGCACACAGAAGACCAUGGCAAAAAACAGAGUUCAAGCUGGAUCAACGGAAUGGAGAGCAGCUCCCAAGCUAGCACCUCUGCCGAGAGAAAAAAUCACCAUUGCAAAAGUUACAAGUUGAUUAUUGACCCAGCUUUGAAAAAAGGACAGCACAAACUCUAUCGUUACGAUGGGCAACAUUUUAACAUUCCUAACUCUGGUCUUGCCCCAGUGGAUUGUGUCAGAGAUCCCAGGAUAGGACGAAUAUGGACCAAAACCAAAGAGCUGGAGCUUUCUGUCCCUAAAUUCAAGAUUGAUGAAUUUUAUGUGGGGCCUGUGCCUCCCAAACAAGUCACGUUUGCUAAGCUGAAUGACAAUAUCCGUGAAAACUUCCUCUUGGACAUGUGUAAAAAAUACGGUGAAGUGGAAGAAGUGGAGAUCCUCUACAACCCCAAGAACAAAAAGCACCUUGGAAUUGCCAAAGUGGUCUUUGCCACAGUCAAAGGAGCUCGAGAAGCCGUACAGCACCUGCACAACACCUCUGUCAUGGGCAACAUCAUCCACGUGGAACUGGACACGAAAGGUGAAAAACGUAUGCAUUUCUAUGAGCUACUAGUAAAUGGACUCUACACUCCUCAGACCCUUCCUGUAGAAAAUGAGCCGGAUGUUUCACCCACUGUGAAUGAAACUCUGCAGUUGGCUGAUACUCUGAAACGCCUGAAAGACAGUAGCCUUUCUUCCGUGGGAUCAUCAACUACUCCAAACAGUAGCACCCCAUUUUCCCAUGAUACGGCCUUUUCCAGUUGUCGGCAAGACACCCCAAACUCUUUCAGCCAAUUUACCCCUCAGUCCCAGGGCACCCCACUCACCCCACGCGUGGGAACUCCAUUUUCCCAAGACUCGGCAUACUCUAGUCGUCAGACGACACCAGCUUACCAUUUCAGACAGGACUCUGGGUAUAAGCCCAGGAGACACGAGACAAAAUUUACCGAUGCCUACAAUAGACGUCCAGGUCACCACUAUGUUCAUAAUUCUGCAGGUGCUUUUCGAGGGUCAGAGCAUCAGUUUAGCACAUUCAAACCCCAUCAGCAAGAGACUGUGCAAUAUUCCCACACUCCUCCUUUGAGCCACUCGGGGUCUUCAACUUACAAAUCGGCCUUCUCCCCAUACCAAGCACCGACUACGUAUCCUCCACCUGAAGAGCCACCCCUUCCCCCAGAGUCCAGAGAAGUCGAGUACGAGCGACCUCCGCUGCCUCCCACAGAGUCGCCCGUUAAAAGCAGCACUGCUACCACCGCUGAUUUUGUUCCAGUGAAGGAAAAGCCCGAGGAACCCCCUCCCCUCCCAGAGUCAAACAGUCUUAAUGAACCAGCUGUGGUCCCCUUCUCACAGACUCCAGAAAGGAGUGAGACCCCGGGCACCCCGACAAUGGAAGCAGAAACUCAGCAUAACAGUUUGGACUCGAGGAUUGAGAUGCUCUUGAAAGAGCAGAGAACAAAGCUAUAUUUUCUCAGUGAGCAGGACUCAGACAAUGAGAUUAGAAUGGAAGGAAGUCCAAUCUCCUCCUCCUCUUCCCAGCUUUCCCCAAUCCCAACAUUUGGUUCCAGUUCUCAGCCCAGUCACAGGGUACAAACCCCAUCCUCACGUCCUUCCAGCACUGGCUUGGAGGACAUUAGCCCAACCCCAUUACCAGAUUCUGAUGAUGAUGAGCUGGUUCUUGGCACGGCUUCUCUCUGUCAGAAUUCAAGAGGAACAUCAGAUGCCAGUAUGACUCCGGUUGACCAGCUGUGUAGGACACCUAAAACGGAGUCCUCUGAGACUAAAGAAAUGCUGCCUGGUAACCAGAGUCCAGUAUCAGAAAAAAUGGAAGAGUGUCAUCCGUCUUCAGGGGAGGACAUGGAGAUCUCUGACGAUGAAAUGAACCCAUCUCCCAUCACAAGCACAGAUUGUGCCAAAAACAUUGUGGUGAAUACCUCAGUCAGCAACUCUGGGGUGAUGGCUCCCUCCAUCCCCAUGCCCCCACCAGGGUAUCCUCCCCUGCCUCCGCCACCUCCACACCAGCCAGGCUUCCCGAUGCCCCCGCCUCUCCCCCCUCCCCCAACGCACACAACGGUCACUGUCCCGCCUCCACCCCUUCCUGCCCCACCUGGGGUCCCCCCGCCUCAUAUCUUGCCUCCCCUCCCUCCGUUCCAUCCCGCAAUGUUCCCCGUCAUGCAAAUGGACAUGAUCAGCGUCUUGAGCAACCAGUGGGGUGGCAUGUCGAUGUCUUUUCAAAUGCAAACCCAGAUGUUGAGCCGCAUGAUGCAAGGGCACAACACGUACCAGUACCACCCUUUCAUGGGGAACCGGAUGCAGUUUGUGAACCUUCCUCCCUACCGACACUUCUCCAUGGGUGCAGCUAUUGGCCGUGGGCAGCCCUGGCCACCUUUGCCCAAGUUUGACCCUUCUGUUCCCCCGCCGGGUUAUGAGCCCAAGAAGGAAGAUCCGCACAAGGCCACUGUGGAUGGUGUCCUAUUGGUGAUUGUGAAGGAAUUAAAAGCAAUCAUGAAAAGGGACUUGAACCGGAAGAUGGUGGAGGUGGUGGCCUUCAGGGCAUUCGACGACUGGUGGGAUAAGAAGGAACGUCUGGCAAAGGCAUCCCUUACUCCGGUAAAAUCUGGGGAGAAUAAAGAUGAAGAAAAGCCGAAACCAAAGGAUCGCAUCACAUCUUGCCUCCUGGAGAACUGGAAUAAAGGAGAGGGUCUGGGCUAUGAAGGGAUCGGCCUGGGCAUUGGCCUACGAGGGGCCAUCCGGCUACCAUCUUUCAAGGUGAAGCGAAAGGAGCCGCCUGAAGCAGCCUCAGCUGGAGACCAGAAAAGAAUCCGCCCCUCCCCUUCAGUAGAUGAUGAAGAUGAAGAAUCUGAACGAGAUCGAGACCUGCCAGACGCAACCUCUGACCUCUCCAAGAAGGAUGCAGAUUCUGUUGGCCUCAGACGAAGACCCGCGCGGCCACUGGAGCUAGACAGUGAAGGAGAGGAGGAGGAUUCAGGCAAAGAGGAGGAGGAGGAAGAAUCCUCUUCGGAAAAGGAGGCAGAGCAGGAGGAAGAGGGAGGAGUGAUGAAAUCGGUGUCAGACAAGGAAGAGGAGGAGGAAGAUGCUAAUGAAGAAGAGGAGGAAGACGAUGAUGCUGAAGUAGAAACAAGUGAAAAGGAAGAGGAGCAGGAUUCUGAAGAAGAAGGUAUCGGAAGCCCCGCCUCCUCCAGGGCAGAGGUUGAGUCGUCUGAUGAAAGUGAUGAAUCCUCAGAAUUUGGAACGAGUUCUGAUUCUGAUGAAGAUGAAGAAGAGGAGGAAGAGGAGGAAGACGAUGAAGGGGUGUCUAUGGAGCAAGAAAGAGAAGCUGUACCUGUGGAAAUAACAGUAGAGUCUAUCACACAAGAGCCUGAGGAUGACGAUGAGAAGGAGACCAUCCUGGAAUUGUUUCCAGUAGAAGAUGACGUGUACCUGCAGGGGGUUCCUCUAGCGCAGGUGGAACCUUCUAUGCCAGAAAGAGAGGAAUUCAAAGAAGAAGCCCGACAAGCGGAAGAGGAAAGUGGUGAAGUGCCUGAGGAAUCUCUCGCUGCAGAAGUGCUGAUGGUGAUGGAGCAAACCGAAGAGGAGAAGCUGCAACAAUCCCCUGCAUGUCUACCAGUGGAGGAGUCUGAACAAGAUACUGAGCUGGAACAUGAGGUACUAGAUAGUCCAAAGCCAGAAUCUCAAGAGGAAGAAAACUUCCGUCCACCAACACCAGUGGGUCUCUUUGGAGAGGUCUUGUCCAGCAAAAACUCAUUUUUCACCAAGUCUGAGGAUAGCAGCUUAGAAGCCCCAGGAAAAAGCAAGCCGCAGUCUGCAGUGGAGGAAGAACAGCAGCACCCUCGAACCCCUGGACGAGACGUACUGGCCCAUAUGGAUUCUUCUGUGCUUCCCGUUCACACGGUGCCUCCCUGUUCGCUUCCCCUCCCGUCCGUUAUGUCCCUGAAAGAGGAACCGUUGCUCCUUCUGGACAAGUUCCCUGAACAAGUAACUGUGACCAAACCAUCGGUGGAGGAAGAGCUCCCUCGGACUCCCGGGCGGGACAUUUUAGCCAAGUGCUCCCACAGUCUCUCCAAGUCCCAGAGCACAGACACUGUCCCAGCCACACCUGGCAGCGAUGCUCCUCUCACAGGAAGCAGCUUGACUUUAAGCUCCCCCCAGGUCCCAGGGAGCCCCUUUUCCUACCCAUCCCAAUCCCCUGGGAUCACCAGCGGCAUCCCUCGGACUCCGGGGAGGGAUUUCACUUUCACUCCCACCUUCCCGGAGCCUGGUGCUACCCACCCUUGCCUCUUGUCCGUCAAGAAACUUUCCGAGGAUGAGCCUGAUGAGAAAAUCUUUAAAGAGCCUCUUGGUGCUUCCUUACUGGUUGGCAUUAACAGUGUUCCCUCCCCCAUUCCCUUUGCCAGCCCUCCUGUCCCUGCUUUCCACACACACAUUGACUUGUCUCCCAACAAGCAGUUACCUCUUGCUGUUCGGCCUUGUUUGUUCAUGGAAUCAAAGAUGUCUUUAGAAGAGUGCGGCGCAGACGGAAGGGCUCUUUUGCCCUUCCCAGAAGCGCCUGCUACAUCCCCACCCCUCCCUCCAACACUUCCCCCUUCCCCAUCCAUCCUGCCUGUCAGAAGGAAACCCGGUCGGCCAAAAAGGUCGUCUCCUCUGGGCCCUAUGUUGGAUGCCUAUUCCAGCAAAUCCCUUGAACCGCCUCUUCUUCCAAUCCCAGUUGCCUUGACUGAAAGUGCUGUGAGCAAAGAGUUGUUAAGCGGCCAUCCAGAUGCUUUCUAUUCUCUAAAAGACCCAGAAGCUGUUACCCUGGAUUUCAGGAAUGAUGGCUUCCAUGACAAGGUAGCGCCAGACAUUUUAGCGGAGAAGCUUCCCUUCAAGGAGCUAGAGAACCAGUGGAACGAGGACUUAAAUGAGGAAGAAGCUCACUUGAAAUCCAAAAGGCAGUGGAGGCGCCAGAAGAAGAGGCCAGAAGAUGUCCCAACUGUUCCUUCUCCUGAAUAUUCCCCGCAUCGAUAUCACUUUAGGCCCCGCUCCGAGUUUGAGGAGAUGACGAUUUUGUAUGACAUUUGGAACGGGGGUAUAGAUGACGAGGACAUCCAUUUCCUCUGUGUUACGUACGACCACUUGUUACAGCAGGACAAUGGGAUGGACUGGCUCAACGACACCCUUUGGGUAUACCAUCCUUCAACCAGCUUUUUGACCCCAAAGAAGAAGAAACGGGAUGAUGGGAUGCGAGAACAUGUGACGGGUUGUGCUCGAAGUGAAGGCUAUUAUAAAAUCGACAAGAAGGACAAGCUGAAAUACCUCAACAACAACCGUGCGUUUGCUGAGGAACCUCCAGCUGACACGCAGGGAAUGAGCAUACCUGCCCAGCCACAUGCUUCCACCCGGUCUGGCUCGGAGAGGAGGUCAGAGCAACGCCGGCUCCUGUCGUCCUUCACCGGAAGUUGCGAUAGCGAUUUGCUCAAAUUCAACCAGCUCAAGUUCCGGAAGAAAAAGCUAAAAUUCUGUAAGAGCCACAUUCAUGACUGGGGACUGUUUGCAAUGGAGCCCAUCGCUGCGGAUGAGAUGGUGAUCGAGUACGUGGGCCAGAACAUCCGGCAGGUAAUUGCCGACAUGCGAGAGAAGCGCUAUGAGGAUGAAGGCAUUGGGAGUAGUUACAUGUUCCGAGUUGACCAUGACACUAUUAUAGAUGCAACCAAGUGUGGAAACUUUGCCCGGUUUAUUAACCACAGUUGCAAUCCAAAUUGUUAUGCUAAAGUCAUCACUGUGGAGUCUCAAAAGAAGAUAGUCAUCUAUUCGAAGCAGUAUAUCAACGUGAACGAGGAAAUCACCUAUGACUACAAAUUCCCCAUUGAGGAUGUCAAGAUUCCCUGUCUUUGUGGCUCGGAGAACUGCAGAGGGACCCUGAAUUAAACCUGAGGUUUCUUGCCACGCAUUGGUUCUGUCCGAACUGUGGUAACCAAGGGUGGUUGCACUUUGCCAAAAAUAAGGAG